GUGUGUUCAGAAGCAGAACACCCGGAGUCCGGCUCAGCCCCUCCCUCGUUUUAGGCGUCCGGUUUCGUCCGGUUUUGUCCGAUUUGGUUCGUCGGAGUCGAACGGGUCAAAGACCAAAAAAAAAAAAAAAAAAAAAGAAAAAAAAAGAAAGAAAAACUACAAGUCCCGGCAGCCCGCGACGGCGGCUGGUAACCAAGCAACGAGGGCGCGCGAGGCACCGCGCGGAGCAGAGCGCCGAGUCGCGGGGUCGUUACACGGAGCGCGAGGAGUGUAGCUCGCGCUGCCCGGCACUGGAGCCACAUGGGACGCAAAGGGAGGAGCAGCGGCGCAACGGCGGGACUCGAGGGACUGCGGCCCUGCAGGUACCGGGAAAGGCUGCGCGCCAGACGGCCCGAGGGUCCCGAGGACAGCGAGCACCUGGUGACGGAUGGCCUCGGGGACGGGCGUCCCACCGGCGAGGGCGCGCAGAGCCCCCCCGCCGGCCUCCGGCAUUCGAGGGGCCGUCCUGGGAGGAGCCUCGCCGGGGAGCAGGACUACCUGUGCAGGCAGAACCGACAGCAGCAGGUGCGACUGAGACAUGUGGCGCAGCUCGAGAGCAGUCUGUGUCAGCAGGCGCUCACGCUGUACCCGCAUGUGAAGGACAGCAUGCCCCCAGAGCUCUUUGAAGAGGUGCUGUCCGCUCUCGACCCAGAGAUCCCCCCUGGCGGAGAGUCGUGGCGCAAGGAGCACCGCGGCGCCAGUAGCCGCAGCGAAGCGCGUGGGACGGAGAACCUGGACGACGACAGCGUGGCAGCCGGCGCCCAGCAAGUGCACUUUUGGUCGAUUUCCUCGUUUAGCUGCUUAGCGAACGUGACGAGACAAGUCGGUGCUCAUGGUCUCACACAGCUGUCCAUCACUGCGGCGUGUGGCCCGAGCCCUGUGUCCUCUGCCUGCUUGUCCAGCUCCAGCCGCAGCAGCUCCCUGCCAAGGAACCCAUACACCUGGUCUGAUGUCCAGGGGGACCAGGGCCCCCCCCCACAGCCCCUGCAGCCCACGUCCCUGGAUGAGGACAUCCAGAGGGUGACUGAGCAGCUGUGCACCUGGAUGGCCUCUCUGGGAGGAGAAAGCAGCCAGUUGAACGAAGCCGCCCUCCUGGACAUGUUUGUCUGCGCCUACGAGCACAAACCCUCGACCGCUUUGCCCGCCGAGGCGGCGGAGCCCGCUGGUGCUGGAGCGGAGCGAUCGGGCCGCUCAGCGGGACGCCUGGAGAGAUGCGUGAAGCAGGUCGUCGCGAGGGGCCCCGAGGGGCUCAAGCGGCCAGCAAAGUCCCGGGUUCGAUAUGGAGCCUGGUACCUCCGGCCUGAGACGUGGGGCAGGAGCAGCUCGGAGGGGUCCCCGAAGGAGCCUCUGACCCUCUGUGAGGACAGGAGGCCCGAGCGGCUGAGUCAGAGGGACGAGCAGCUGAAGCGGCUACACGGUGUCCACGCGUUCAGGCACUUCAUCCACGCCGGAGGACACAGGGAGCCACAGUUUCUCAGGUCUCUCUUCUCGGAGGAGGGGGCAGCGGACGGGACGAGCCGGAGCUCCACCGACAGCUGCACUUCCGCGCAUUGAGGGAGGGGGGCGCUGAACCGGGCGGGGGGGGGAGUCUCCGCUCCUGCUCUCCGGUUCACGGUGGUGGAAAGAGAGUAGAUGCGCAGUACUGGCGCCGUAUAUUAAUUGUGUUUAUUAAAAGAGACUGAGAACGUGUGUGUGUGUGUGUGUGUUUACACUUUGUGCUGUUCGUGCUCAAGACGAAAGAAAGGCUCGUGCCGUU